AUGGUGUCGACGGUGGACGUGGACGCGGUGCUGGGUCGUACGGCGUCGCUCCCGUGUGACGUCACGCCCGAUGCUAAUGAAGACAGGGUGUAUAUGGUGCUCUGGUUCCGGAAGAGCGGUGGAAAACCUAUUUAUAGUUUCGACGUCCGUGGGCGAUCGUUCAACAAGGCACUACAAUGGUCGGACCCGGGAGCGUUCGGUCCCCGGGCGUACUUCGCAACUGUCGCCCGGCCCGCAGCACUCACGCUGAGCUCCGUACAACUCGACGACGAAGGCGUCUACAGAUGCAGAGUAGACUUCAAAAACUCACCCACAAGAAACUUCCAAAUCAGACUCACGGUAAUAGUGCCUCCGCAUCAGAUGCUGCUGUAUGACAAGUCUGGUGCUGAUGUGUCGGGCGUGGUGGGGCCCUUGGAGGAAGGUGCAGCGUUGGUUCUGGUGUGUGAAGUACGGGGAGGUCGUCCAGAACCAACGGUAUCAUGGUGGAUAGACGGCACACCAGCCUCUCAAUACAUAGGAGUGAAGACUGACACUCACGUCAUCGUCAAUCGGCUGGAACUCCAGCAUUUGAAGAGAGAAGACCUCAACACCACGUUCAAGUGCAGAGCCUCGAAUACCAACUUGGUGCCACCACAGGAGAAAGUUGUUAGGCUGGAGAUGAAUUUGGUACCACUGUCAGUGUCAUUACUGAACCGGCCUCAACAACUGCUGUCAGCGGCUGCAGCCACUCUUCGCUGCGUGUCGGAAGGCAGUAGACCACCAGCUCACAUCGUCUGGUACAAGGAUAAUCGAAGCUUCGAUAAGAAUAUGGUAACCGACCAUUCCAACGAAACCUGGUCAGUCAGUACACUGGUAUUCAGCCCCAGUCCUAUCGACAAUGGUGCCACGAUAAAGUGCGUGGCUGCCAAUCCCAGUCUUCCUACUAAAUCUAUUGAUGAUCAGCUGCAAUUGAAUGUUGUAUACAGUCCCCUUGUGUCUCUGACGCUUGGCAGCACUCUCAACCCUCACGACAUCAAGGAAGGGGAUGACGUGUACUUCGAGUGCAAUGUUCGCGCCAACCCAAGGGAGCAUCGCAUAUCCUGGUUCCACAACGAUAGGCCAGUGAGUCAAAACAUGACUUCGGGUAUCAUCGUGAGCACUCGGUCGCUCGUGCUGCAGAAGGUGAUGAGAAGAGAAGCCGGGAGCUACUCUUGUAAAGCCGCGAACGCGAGAGGCGAGACCUCCAGCAAAGUCGUCAAUUUGAGGGUGCAAUAUGCCCCAGUCUGUGGCGAGACAUCACCUCAAGUGGUAGGCGCGGCACUGGACGAAGCGCUACGGGUCCGAUGCUCGGUGCACGCCGACCCUGCUGACGUCACAUUCCUGUGGCAGUUCAACAACAGUGGAGAGAGCUUCAACGUCUCUCCUGCUAGAUAUGGUACAGUAAACGGCAGUAUAAGCGAGCUCCGAUAUACUCCAGCAAGUGAGAGAGACUAUGGUGCAUUGACAUGUCGCGGUACUAACACCGUCGGCCGGCAAGCACAGCCCUGUGUCUUCCAAAUUGUUCCUGCUGCCCGUCCAUCACCACCACGGAACUGCACGGUUUCUUCAGGCAAUUCUUCCAACUGGAUCGAGGACUCGAGCCGCGAGGACUUCGGAGAGCCUCUCGUGGUGCGCUGUGUCACCGGCUACGAUGGGGGACUGCCGCAACUGGUGGUGUUAGAAGCUUUAGACUCUAAUAAUGGGAAGAUUAGGUUCAAUGUUACUGCUAAUGAGACUGACGGUGUUGCCAUAUUCCUAGUACCGGCCGGGGUACUUUGGUCGACCGGCAGUGCGCUGAGAUUAACUGUGCACUCGAGGAACGAUAAAGGCGCUUCAGACCGCAUCAUGCUACAUGCUCUCGCGUAUCAAGACCCUGAACGGAGGACUGAUGGUGGGAGCAGUCUGAUGGCUGGCGUCUCCAAAGCCGCAUUCUGGUCAAUCAUCUUCACAGUCAUCAUCUGUGGUUGCGCCGCCAUAUUUACUGGAUACUUCCUACGAAGAAAAAGGAGUAAUCCGCCAACAAAGCAACAAUCGUCAGAGCUGCAACUAAACGCGGGGGACGGGCAGUACGUCGUCGCGUACACGCUGAAGCCGCCCAAGCAAGCGCAGCCGGACAUAUUGAAUCCGCCUCCAGACGGGGCCCCACUGAGCAAGUGCGUAACAGAGGCGGCCACGAAAAACGGCGCACUCCACGCCGACGAGUGGGGGAGCGACGCGAGCGCAGCGCUCGACGAUCACCGACCCGUACUAUCACCACCAAAAGCAGUAUUAAGUAAGCCCCCUGUUACAUUAGGUACUAUGACGUUAAGUAGGAGAGAACAUCUCAUAGCCGAAGAAAUUCCAGGACCAGAGAGUUGUGUAUAAAGUGUACAUAGAAUUAUGUGUGUGUAAAUACUUAGGACAAUGUUUUAGUUUCGAUGGAUUCCGACUGCAAGCUAAGACAUUAUCUGCUACAAAAUUGUAUUUUACUACUUAUGUUUUUUUUGCAGAUUAGAAUAUUAAAUAAACAACAUACAAAAGAGAUGGAAUAUUUCCAAAGGGUUAAAAACCUUCUCCAUGCGAAAUUACUGUAUAAAUCACUUCAUCAGAACAUGUGUAACUAUCUAUAUAGUUUGAUAUAAGUAAAGUUAUCGUCACUGCAAAGAUUUUUUUCCUAAAACUACAUACAAGUCCAUAAGUCACGUUGAAUGGAAAAUACAUUUUUGUUCUAGCUUUAAGUUGCAUUCAUUGGUACCCAUCCUAAGAGACUGCUGAUUCUUAGCUCGUUUGUACCGACUGCCUGCAGCUUACAAAUUGCGCUUGCAACUUAAGCACAACACAGCUAAAUGAGAAAUGUCUUAGCUUGUGGUGGAGUCCCGUCUUAGCCAACGGUUUGUUGAAAUUUUGUUCAUUGUUCGAACAAUUACGAAUAGUAGCUACAUUUAUUUAAAAACUUCUGAUAAAUGUACUAUAAAAAGUUACUGUUUUACGGAUUUUAUUUAACAGUUUCGUAUAUUUUAACAGGUUAGAGGUAAAGUAAAAAAACUACUUUUUGGCAAAAAUAUUUUGGCUACUAGUUCAACGGCGAAUAGACUUUCUACAAACCGUUGCUUUUUUAUCUCUACACUGUUGGACACAUUUAGUGGGACACCAAAACGUUGUUCAAGCAUUAAACCCAAUUCCUUGCCAAAAAAUACUUGUACAAAAAAACUGAAAAAUUGCUGGAAUCAUGUAGAAUUUAGAAGUUGCUUAAAGUACAUUAGCCGCGAUGGCUUAGUCCCGCAGACAUUAACACCAAGCUUCAGUAAGACUUGCCUGAGAUGACUGCGAGACCUGUAGAAUACUAAUCGCUGGCUGGAACGGUUGAUCUCGUAAACGCUGCUAUUAGAAAGAAAUAAACCUGAAACUUGGGUGAGCUGGUAAUUUAUUUACUUUUGCGUUAACUUCCAUCUGCGUGCUGAACAAUUUCAAAAUGGCGGUGUUUUAUAUUUUUUCUGUGUUGAUAGCUCGCUCGGUGUUACCCUGAUGUUGUCCCGCAGUGUAAAAACUAGUUGUAAAUGUUUGUAAAAUAAAAAAAUUGUAAAUAAAUUUAUAUGUAUUGACUGUGAAAUUGUGAUAAAUAAUUUGUAAAUAAUAUAAAUUGAAACAGUUAAAAUAUAAGGAAAUAAACUCUGUUAA